AUGGACAACAUGAACUCGUUUGUGGAGUACUCCAUCUGUAACCGGGCCGGAACCAGCGCGUACUCUGCGCCCAAAUCUGGAUACCAUCACCACCAUCACCACCACCUCCAUCACCACCCCGUGGAGCAGCACCAGGGCUUCCCGGUGACCUCCGGUGCUUUCCAGACCGGCUCUGCAGCUUCUGUUAACGGGACCAGGACUGACAGCAGCGCGGGUUAUACCGGGGACACGCGGCUGUACGGGGGCACCGGGGGGACAGCAGAGACCGGUCAGCAUCACCAUCAACAGCAGCAGCAGCAGCAUCCUCAUCCUCAUCAUCAUCACCAACAGCAGCACCAGCAGACUCACAACGGCUACCAUCAUCAUCCUCAUCUUCACCAAACCCAAACCGGAAUUAUGUCUCCGUACAACACCGGGAACUAUGCGGGUCAGCCGUGCCAGACCAACUCGGAUUACUCUGGAGCAGCAGCGGGAGCAGCGGGCCCCCAGUACUUCAUGGAGGAGUCUGCGGCCUCCACCUACUAUCAUCAAUCAUCCUUCCCCAGCGCGGCCCCCACAGUCGGGCCCAGCUACGGGGCCCUGGCCGGGGCCUACUGCGGGCCUCAGGGCGCUCUGGCCGGGUCUCAGUACCCGCAACAAAUCGGUGGGAGUCUGGACGCGUCGGGGUACCUGGGGAUUCCGCACGGGGGAGGAUACGGGGAGCUACCGGCAUCCCAGGACCGAGAGAGGGGGGACGAGGAGGGUCAGCAGGCCGGGCAGGGGCAGACCUUCGACUGGAUGAAGGUGAAGAGGAACCCGCCGAAAACAGGUGAGGAGGAGAAGGAGGAAGAGGAGGAGGAGGAGGAAGAGGAGGAUGUAUGAGCUCUUAUCUGCUCUGAAGUCCAAAUAAUUUUACUCGUUUGGAUCUUUAAUUUUGAAGCUGUGUCUCUUCUUUUGUUCUUCAGCUGCUCGUUUUAAAAAAAGACGAUUUGAAGGAUAAAGAGAAAUUUUAGUCUGUGUGGGAAAAAAGAAUUUUUGAGAUUUUGUCUAAUAAUAUCUGAUAAUAACUGAUAAAUAUUUACAUCCAAAGAUUCAGGUGUUUCUGACUUCAGGCCCUCACAGUUUCUGUCUUUUCUGAUGUUCAUGCUCAGUUUUAAUCACUCAUGUCUGAAUCAGUUUAACUAAAAUUACUCAGGAGGAGGAGGACGAAUAAAAACAUUAUUACAUUUAUUAAAUAAACAUUCAUUUAGAAGCUUUAAUAAUGUUUGUUUUAGAUCUGUAUCAGGCAUGAGGACGAAAGGCCCUUCAUUAAAAAUAAGAGAAUAAUUUAAUUGUUCCUUUCAUCAAAAUCUAAAAUAUCUAAAAUAAUUAUGGAGACAUUUUAGUUUUUGAACAUCUAAUAAAUGUUUAACCUUUGGGAAAUGAUCUUUUUUUAGUUGAUAAUGGAGAGAAAAUGAAAAUAAAUGUGUUUUUGUGACUCAUUCAGUCUGCACUCAUAUCUUUGGACUGAUAGCAGCUCUGGUUUGGGUCCAGACGUCUCUCUCUCUUUGUGUGUGUGAGUGUGUGUGUUAAUGGAUAUAACAGACGGGUUAUUUCAGCCUGGAAAGUCUGCCCAGCUCUGUUAUCUUUUAAAACACCCCCCACCACCAACCCAGACCCUCCAUGACACCCCCCUCUCCCUCCCCAGCCUCUGCAGCCGUCCUGCUCUUUGUUCACCGGGGUUUUCCCAUUUCCAGGACUCGUUGUUUCUCUUUUUAUUAAGUUAUGAUGAUUUUUUUUGUGCUAAAAUUCAGAUUCAUGGUGCGUAAAUUGGAGAUGAAUUGUUAAACUUGUUCCAGCUGUGAUCACAAAGGCCUGAAACAACCUACAGCCUGGAUUAAAAGAUUUUAACAUGAUAAAAUUAAUCUGUCAAAUUAAAAAAUAAUCAAUAAUAAUAUAAAGUCUCUUCAGUCUAAAACAAAAAGUCUUCUACAUCGUGAUUAACCGUGAAAGUCGUGCGUAAAAAUGAACCAGAGGAUCUUUUAAUUAAAUUAUUCAGGGGGAACGUUUGUCUUUGUUUUUGUUUCUCUCCUAAUUUUACAGGAUAAACAGUAACACCAGUUUUUAUCUCCUCUCCUCACAGUCAAAGUCUCAGACUUCGGCCUCGCGGGCGCGCACAACAACGCCAUGCGCACCAACUUCAGCACGCGGCAGCUGACCGAGCUCGAGAAGGAGUUCCACUUCAGCAAGUACCUGACGCGGGCGCGGCGCGUGGAAAUCGCCGCCACGCUCGAGCUCAACGAGACGCAGGUGAAGAUCUGGUUCCAGAACCGGCGCAUGAAGCAGAAGAAGCGCGAGCGGGAGGGCGCGGGCCCCUCCGCGGCGCGCUCCUCGUCCUCCAACAAGGAGCUGGAGGACACCGAUCAGUCCUCCGCGUCCACGUCUCCGGGCGCGUCCCCGAGCCCGGACACGUAG